ACCAGGCAGAGGAGUGAAGGGCGACCCCGAGCUGGAUGGAUGGUUAUGGGGAAGAGAGGCAGACCCUCGGCGCUUGAAGUGUGCAGAGUUCUUGCUGUCUUCCUGUCGCUCUUUCCUUCAGUGACCCUGCAGUGCAAGAUCCUCAAGUGCAACUCCGAAUUUUGGGCCUCCACGACCAGCUCCGGGCCGGAGGAGGAGUUCUGCACGGCGCUACGCGCAUACAACAACUGCGUACGGCGUACCGCUCGAACUUGCCGAGGUGAUUUGGCGUACCAUUCGGCUCAGCAUGGAAUCGAAGACCUCAUGAGCCAGCACAACUGCUCCAAGGAGGGACCCACCUCGCAGCCGCGCCCCCGUACCCCACUCCCUCCCGUGCCACCUCCUCUGCCGCCCGACAGCCAGGAACGCUCUGACGGGCCGGAGGUUUGCCACUACGAGCGUAGCUUCCCGCGCAACGCAGCGCAGCCUAACUUCACGCACUGCGGCUUUUUCGGAGACCCACACCUGAGAACCUUCGGGGAUGACUUCCAAACGUGUAAAGUGGAGGGCGCCUGGCCACUCAUUCACAACAAAUACCUGUCGGUCCAGGUGACCAACACCCCCGUGCUGCCUGGAUCUUCAGCCACUGCCACGAGCAAGCUGACAAUCAUCUUUAAGAACUUCCAAGAGUGCGUGGACCAGAAAAUGUAUCACGCCGAGACGGACGAGCUCCCCGCCGCCUUCGCCGACGGCUCCAAAAACGGCGGCGAGCGCCACGGCGCCAACGCCCUCCGAGUGGUGGAAAAAGUACCCGGCCAGCAUGUGGAGAUCCAAGCCCGCUACAUCGGCACCACCGUAGUGGUCCGGCAAGUGGGCCGCUACUUAACAUUCGCCGUGCGCAUGCCAGAGGACGUGGUGCGCUCAGUGGAGGAGGACGACAACCAGGACUUGUAUUUGUGUCUGCACGGCUGUCCCGCCAACCAGCGAAUCGAUUUCAAAAAGGUCGUCGGAGGAUCUAGCGGGUUCACCUACCGUGCGGCGAAAGCUAAGUGCAAGGAACGACUUCCUGUAGAGGAUUUGUACUUCCAGUCGUGCGUCUUUGACCUCCUGUCGUCUGGCGACAUCAACUUCACCAUGGCCGCCUACUACGCGCUGGAGGACGUCAAGAUGCUACACUCGAAUAGCAAGCGCUAUCACAUUUUCGAGAAAGACGCUUUCACCAAUAUGGCCGCCUCGCACAUGACGACCCAACACUUCCUGUUCAAAAUUUUUGUUGUGCUCCUGGGCUGCGUGCUUGCUUUGUAG